GCUACAGAGCAGCUGUCAGUGCACACAGCGCCGAGCGUCACGACAAGCAGGAGCUUUGUGAAAGGACAGAGGCUUUAAAAUGCAGCUCAAUUUAUGUUGUUUAUCAUGUCGUAAUGUCAGCUCUCAAAACGUUCAAAUCUAGCGUAUGAGCAGCGAGUCGAGAGAUAGUGAGCUUUAGUGUGUUUUCGUGAUCUCUGACGGAGUUUCCUGCACCGUCCAUCGGACAGAACUAGUCCAGACAUGAGUAACGUUAAUCUGAUUUUCUGGGACCAGUUGCAGGCUGGCAGCUCGGACGUGGACUGGUGUGAAGGCAAUUACCUCAUUUACCCCAGCAUCGCUGAGUUUUACAACACGAUCAGCAACAUUUUGUUUUUUGUUUUGCCGCCCAUAUUAAUGUGCUUGUUCCGCCAGUAUGCAACACAUUUCAACAGUGGGAUUUACCUCAUAUGGAUUCUACUAGUUGUGGUUGGUAUUGGCUCAACAUAUUUCCAUGCCACACUCAGCUUCCUCGGCCAGAUGCUGGACGAGUUGGCCAUCUUAUGGGUGCUGAUGUGUGCCAUCGCCAUGUGGUUCCCCAAACGAUACCUACCCAAGAUGUUCAGGAGGGAUCGGUCAAGGUUCAAAGUGGUCAUCGGCAUCUUGUCGGGGAUCACCACUGGGCUGGCCUUUGUUAAACCUGUCGUCAACUCAUUGUCUCUGAUGACUCUGGGCAUCCCCUGCACUGUGCUGCUCAUUACUGAGCUAAAAAGGUGUGAGAACCCCCGGGUGUUCAAGCUGGGUCUGGUCUCAGGGAUCUGGUGGGCGCUGGCUCUGCUCUGCUGGAUCAGUGACAGGAUCUUCUGUGAGAUGUGGUCAUCUGUCAACUUUCCCUACCUACACUGUGCUUGGCACAUCCUGAUCUGCCUGGCGUCCUACUUGGGGUGCGUUUGCUUCGCCUACUUUGACGUUGCGACUGAGGCCCCAGAGCGAGGACCCGUCAUCAUGUUUUGGCCAAAUGAGAAAUGGGCUUUUAUCGGUGUGCCCUACAUUUACUUUCUCUGUGUCCAUAAGAAGUCUGCUAUCAAGGUGACUUAAAGUGACCCGAUGUUGCUGCUAUGUUGGCCGUGCUUCAACACCUCUCACCAGGAAGCAUCAAUCAUGGCAGCGGGUGAUGUGGGUGAUGCAGAUUGUGUCCGACUGUGAGGAAAUUCUCUUUUUUUUCAGUCCCUGGCUGGUUUCAUUACACAGCAGUGUUUAUGCAACUCUGUCAAAGAACAAAAGGUGUUACACAUUAGUAACUAACAUGACGAUGAAAGGGUGACUUUUUAACACGGUAACAAAGCCAAGAAAGAUUUAAAGUGUUCCAAACAUAUUCUCAGGCUUUACAUAUGUGAUCAUGUAAGUAUUGGUAUUAUGCAUUUCAAUCUUCUUUUAUAGGAAGAUUUUGUACAUUUUUUAGUAACUAAGAAAACCUCAUUAUAAAGCGUUGUAUUGCCUUUAUAAACACAAGUAUUGGAUCUCAUAGGUGCAGUCUGGCCAUUAUGAAAGCAUAUUUAGAAACAAUACAGAACUGGAUUCAUUAACUGUGAUUAAUGCAUAAUGCAUUAAUACUUCAUAUUGUACUGCUUUGCCAAUCUAACUAUGCUCAAUUAAUCAACAAGCUGGUUCAUAAGAAGUGUUUUAAGUAUUUAACACAAGGCCUCAUGUGUUUAACAUGUAAUGGCUGUCCUACCUGCCCUCUUUGUGGACCAGCAUUUUGUCGCAUAGACUUCUUUGGUGUGCUAUAUUUUACUUCCAGCAUGUCAUUGUGUAUGUGAGAUUUGUGUUUAAUAUACUCCAGUAUAUAUUAUGUUAAUUAACAAUGUAGUAUGCAGAUUUUUUCCUAUGAAAAACAUAAUUCAAACAUAACUGAAUGAAAAGGUACCCUUUGCUAUUUGCCAAAUCCCAAAGUUAAAAAACAAAAUGCGAAUGUGAACUCAAAUUGUAUGAAUUGAAUUAGGUUUGACUAUUCGAGGAAAUAUUACAUAUUUUGCACAAAAUCAAGAAUGGUUCUCAAAGCCAAUGGCUAAUUGCACACUUACAAUGUUGUAACUUUGCUAAUGUAGUGAUUCUAAUGCUGAUGUUUUCAAUGCAGAUUUUGUUUUUCAAACAGGCGCCUCAACUCUUCAGGGUUAUUUAUUCCAGGCUCAGUAUUUUAGACUUUGUGCUAAAUAUUAUUUCAACUUUAAAAACUGUGCAAAAAGCCUUAAUCAGACAGGAUAAUGGCUUACAAAAGCAAAAGAAGGUACACGGUGUCCUUGUGAGAUGUAUCUGACAGUGUUAAGGGGAAAAUGGGGGAAAACGGUGUCAUAUUAAAUAUAAGUUGUGGGACGGGGUUUUAAUACUGCUGACCUAUUUGUGUCAGUUGACAGAAACUAUUUGAACAUAUGUAAGUAGAAUAUAAAAGGGAAGUAUGAUAGGUGUUGCAAAGCUAAACACAAACCCUAAUUGUCAGGGAUCACCAAAGCUUUUUCACCACAAACCAUUGUUUUAAAUGUUCUUAAACUGCCUCAAGCUGUCUUCACUAAUAUUAUUUUAGUCUCGCCCUCCUGCAGAGGCUUCUGGGAACUCAAAUUGCUAAAAUAACUAGUGCAUACAUGCAGGAUCAAAUGAAGGUUCAUGAUUCAGAAAAAAAAGCUAGUAUUUUUGUGAGAUUCUGAAGUAUUUUGUUAAGACAAUGUAUAUUUUUCUAUGUAAAGUGCAGCCAAAUUUGAAGGGUGAAUGGUUUUUUGAUAGUGCAUGAUUACUAUUUUACCUUUGUAUUGCCAACAUGUUUUUUUAAUUAUUAUUUUAUCUUUAGUGGAAACUUUUGGGACAGUAUUAACAAUGUGAACAAAUAUGUUGUGCACCAGAAUGCUUUUAUUAUGCUGCAAAUGAUAUCAUACCUCUUAUCCACGAUGUUGGAUCAUUUGUAUGAAUCACUCUCUGAUAAAGUUUGUGUGAACAGGACAGGGUGGCAAACGCUGCCCUCUGCAUCGUGAUAUUUGUCUUGGCAGGAGGUAUGGUAAUGGUCUCAAAACAAUGAGUUAAGUCUUUUUUAUUGACUUACAUUUGUAUAUAAAUCUCAUUUCUUUCUCCGCCUGCAUUGACAAUAUAGACAAACUGCACAGAAAUAUUUAUUUUCAUAAUUUAUCCUGUUUUGUAAACAAAUAUGUGUUAUAGUUUAGGAGAACAUUAGUACUUUUGUCUUAUUUUAUGCAAUAAACCAAGCCAAUACUUAAAAUGA